AUGUACAAACGGUACGCCAUAAUCGCCGCGUUCAAGGGUGCGGAUGACGUGGAGUGCGCGAUGUCGGCGAUGCGUCCGGUGUCGGAGUACUUUGGCGAAGAGCCGGAGGAGGGUGUCGUGCAUGUUGUGGUGGAGGUUAUCCAUAGAGAUUUCGGCGCUUGCAUACCAAAGGAUUGGCAUACCGACGUAUCCGCGGCGGGCCAAAAUGCCGACACAGUCGCUGCCCACGGUAUCCGAGCUUCAGGCACUCUUGGAAGCGCCCCUACUGGAGAACGAAAGAUCCCCAUGAAAUGGUACGAAUUGGAGUACCUCCCAUCCUCGGAUAUCCGGGAGCUCCGCACCACAAGGGCUUAG